AUGGCCGAGGUUGUGGUGCGAGAUGGUGGUGAGCUGCAUCGGGUGGCAGUAGUGUCUCAGAAUGCUACUCUACUGCAGGAGAUUCCACUGUUCAGUCCUCCAGAGCCUCUCACCAACCUGCUUCUGUAUCAGGGCCGUGUGUUGGUGGGCGGCUCGCGGUCCCUUGCUCUGGUCCCGGCUCAGGGCUGCUCUCUCUUCCACAGCUGUCAGGUUUGUGCCCGGGCACGUGGCCUGGGCUGUGAAUGGAUCUCCUCCCAGAGCAGCUGUAUGUCCACCAGAGACCUGCCCCAAGCUGGAGACAUGGUUGACCAAGCCCUCCGCAGGUGUGACGCCCAAGAAGGCCGCUGCUCUCCGGCCCUAACAGACCUGCGCGUGGUCCUGGGCCUUCGUGUGCUCCUGCCCUGUCUGCAGCUCUCCCCCAGGCCCUGCUCCUGGGACCACCCCCCUCACCGCCUUACCCGCCAGCACCACUCUCACCUGGAGCUGACCGUAACCGAGGAGAGCCUGGGUACCUAUGUCUGUACCUGCCAGGAGGCAGGAAACGGAGUCUCAGAGACCACGCCCUGUCGCAGAGCGGCCUAUCACCUAACCCUCGAUGAGCCCACAGCCGGUGGGGCCGUCGCUCUGGGGGGCGGUCGGCAUGUCAUGGCCAUCUACAUCCUGGUGUUUGUGGGUGGGGCGCUGUGUGGAGGUCUGCUGCUGUUCCUGGCCACACGGGGCCCUCGCAAUACCAGCUCCAGGCAGCAGCAGCACCUGUCAGAGAAGGGUCGCGAGCUCCUUGGCUCCUCGGCCACGCCGCAGUCCCCUAGCAGCACCAGCCUGUUCUCCGAGGGAUUCCACCUCACUGAAAAACACAACGGCACCGCGCCUUCCACCACCACAACCACCACGCUGCUCAGUCACCACAGCAACGGCACGCACCACAUUACCAAUGGCAAUGGCAACGCCAUAUACGCACACUGCAACAGCAACGAUAGCAGGCUCCGGCUGGAUUCCGGUCCGUCCCCCACAGCUGAGACUGUUGACUCCAGGGAGAGCGGGGAGCGGGACGGGGCAAAACUAGAGGGCGCCAUUAUGGACGCGCUGACGGACGGGCUGGACAUGGAGCUAAGCAUGCCCAUGUUUAAACCUAACGCGCCCCUGGCCAAGUGUGAGGAGAGCUCCAUAUGA